GUCACACUUCGUGGCGCGGCACUCACGGGGAGUCAGUGGCGUGGCCCUGUGUCCCUCCCUGACCCCUGGAGGAUUCCCUAAGGUCACAGUCACGGCCUCCAUCCCAUACUUGCCAUCUCUUCAGGGCUAAUGCAUAACAAUUGUCACAAUUUACAGCAGCCCCACGCUCUGAAGAGCUUCUGGAGGGGGUACUACUCAAGCGGAGGGAGACAAGACAGGGACCUCCUCCCGUCGUCCCCUCUUAACGGGCCUCUUCUGAUAAGGAAUAUUUGUAGAUGGGUGAGAAGGGCAGCGGGAGGGCGUGAAGGCAAAGACAAGUUUUUUUUUCUCCUAGGAACCCAAAUCUUCUGGUCUGGCUGUGUUUCCGGAGGCAUUUCCAGAGGCCCUAGAGAGGACCGACUUCCGGCCGCGACUUCCGCGUCUUCCGAGUUUGGAGACCUGCUGCUUCCGCCCGGAGUUGCUGUGGGCUCCAGCUGCGAGCAGCCACUUCCGCCAGGAGUCCCUAGCGGCCAGGGCGUGGAAGCGGGUCCUGCAGCGGCUUCGUCGUACUGCCCGCCGCCUGCCCACGCGGGACCCGGAGCCCAGCGGCAGCGGCGGUCCCUGGGCCUGUGGAGAGGCGUUCUCUGUGGCCGAGUCCUGGGCCUGGGGCACGGGGCGGUGCGGGAGAGGCGCCCGGGCCUAGCCCAGCCCCAGCGCCUGUCUCCCUGCCGGCGGUGCCGGCGGCUGCAGGCCUCGCCGCGCCUGCCCAGCCUGGGGCGGGCCCAGCCUCACCGCCCGGCCCGCCCCGCCCCAAGGGCCAGCCCCGCGCCGGGUGUUUCCGCUCCUCUCCCUGCGGCGGGAUAACCGCCUCGCACCUCCCGGGCUCGGUUCCCUGGCUCCGGCCGCGGGGGGAGCAUGGAGUUUGCGGAGCUGAUUAAGACCCCGCGGGUGGACAAUGUGGUGCUGCACCGGCCUUUCUACCCGGCUGUCGAGGGCACCCUGUGCCUGACGGGCCACCACUUGAUCCUGUCCUCCCGGCAGGACAACACGGAGGAGCUGUGGCUCCUUCAUUCAAACAUCGACGCCAUCGACAAGCGAUUUGUGGGAUCACUGGGUACCAUCAUCAUAAAAUGUAAAGAUUUUCGAAUUAUUCAGUUGGAUAUUCCUGGAAUGGAGGAAUGCUUGAAUAUAGCCAGUUCCAUUGAGGCAUUGUCUACCCUGGACUCCAUCACUCUGAUGUACCCUUUCUUUUACCGUCCUAUGUUUGAAGUGAUAGAAGAUGGCUGGCAUUCCUUCCUUCCUGAGCAAGAAUUUGAACUCUAUUCCUCAGCUACCAGUGAAUGGAGGCUAAGCUAUGUCAAUAAGGAAUUUGCUGUCUGUCCCUCUUACCCACCAAUUGUCACAGUGCCCAAAUCCAUCGACGAUGAAGCUCUUCGGAAGGUCGCUACAUUUCGACAUGGAGGGCGCUUCCCAGUACUAAGCUAUUAUCACAAAAAAAAUGGGAUGGUAAUUAUGCGGAGUGGUCAGCCACUCACUGGCACAAAUGGGAGGAGGUGCAAGGAAGAUGAGAAGCUGAUAAAUGCUACCCUCAGGGCGGGAAAGCGUGGCUACAUCAUUGACACCCGAUCCCUGAACGUGGCUCAGCAAGCUAGAGCCAAAGGAGGUGGUUUCGAACAAGAAGCUCAUUAUCCCCAGUGGAGGCGAAUUCAUAAGUCCAUUGAGAGGUAUCACAUUCUUCAGGAGAGCUUAAUCAAACUUGUGGAAGCUUGUAAUGACCAAACACAUAACAUGGACCGGUGGCUCAGUAAAUUGGAGGCCUCUAACUGGCUGACUCACAUCAAAGAGAUUCUGACAGCUGCCUGCCUCGCGGCUCAGUGCAUCGACAGGGAAGGAGCAUCAAUAUUGAUUCAUGGAACAGAAGGAACUGAUUCCACACUCCAGGUGACCUCCCUGGCCCAGAUCAUCUUGGAGCCAAGAAGCAGGACCAUUCGUGGUUUUGAGGCCCUGAUUGAAAGAGAGUGGCUACAGGCUGGUCACCCGUUCCAGCAGCGCUGUGCACAGUCAGCCUACUGUAACACCAAGCAGAAGUGGGAGGCUCCUGUAUUUCUUCUCUUCUUGGACUGCGUGUGGCAGAUCCUUCGUCAGUUUCCCUGUUCUUUUGAAUUUAAUGAGAAUUUCCUCAUCAUGCUCUUUGAGCAUGCUUAUGCUUCACAGUUUGGAACAUUUCUGGGCAACAACGAAAGUGAAAGGUGUAAGUUGAAGCUACAGCAGAAGACAAUGUCUUUGUGGUCCUGGGUCAAUCAGCCCGGUGAGCUGAGUAAAUUCACCAACCCUCUGUUUGAAGCCAACAACCUUGUCAUCUGGCCUUCAGUUGCUCCGCAGAGUCUUCCGCUGUGGGAAGGUAUUUUCCUACGUUGGAAUAGGUCCUCUAAGUAUUUGGAUGAAGCAUAUGAAGAAAUGGUUAACAUCAUUGAAUAUAAUAAGGAAUUACAAGCAAAAGUCAAUAUCCUUAGAAGGCAGUUGGCAGAACUGGAAACAGAGGACGGGAUGCAAGAGAGUCCCUGAAAGGUCUCCUCGCACCGUUUGCAAGGACCUUCCUGGGCCUGUGUCUGCCGUUCUCUCCUUGUGCCCUUCAGUUCACUUUUACACAGUAGCCUUGAAGUGAAGGCUUUAGAUGUGGGACCCCUCUAACGUAAUGGAUUUCUCAAUACUGUAUGAAUAAUGAAACUUACUAUCAUAACUCACGUUUCAUGUGGCCUGUUAGGCCCUGUCACUUUGGGAGCCGGGAGGAGGUGCUAGUCAUUUUAUUUUUAUGUGAAGUAGAUGACCUAUUUAAUGCCAUUUGUGUUUCAUGCCAUUUUAUCCAAAGCUUUUUCUCUGUGUCCACUCUCCAGGCAGCAUUCCAGAGCCGCCAAGGAGACAGGUUCUCUCUCUAGGGACUAUUUGGUGGUUUAAAAAAAGGGUCAGACUUUUAAACACUCUUACCAUAGAAAUGUUUUUCAAAAUGGCAGCAAUUGAUAAACCAAGGAUUUUGUGUUGAACAAGCCAUUUCCAGUGUCUUUCACAUAAAAUAGCCAUUUGCUUUAAAAUAGUUUUGGACUAACGAAGCUGAAUCUAUUCUCAUUCUUGUUUGUCAAGAAAGGAAAAUCUGUUAUUCAAGGUAAAUUAUUCCUACAAGGGCGACAGGUAUGGUCCUCUGAUAUUUACAUUAAGAAGAGUUAAAUUUAUUUUAACGUAGACACUAAAAGUAUGUGCAAUAUAGAAUCAAAGAAGGAAUUUGUUACUGAUUGAGAAUUGUUACUGUUGAAUUGGUUUUCAGGUUUGGACCAUACAUAUACAAUGUGUAUCAAAUGCUGGUUGUAAAAUUAAACCAUCAUCUAGAAUAGAGUUAAUUUGUUAUAAUCAAGUUACAAAUAUGGUUUUCUUAAACCAGAGAUGCACCGCCCUUGUCUAAAGUUCUUAUUGCACUGGUUUGUAUGCGUAUAUGUGUUUUAUUGUGUGCGGUUUUUUUUAAUUUGUAAGUAUUCUAAGAGUUUACUAAUACUAAGGUUAAAAUUUUCAUGUUGACCUGAGCCUUUUGCAAAUUUAUUUUGGCUCUAUUGAUUUGUCCUUUAUGCGUUAGGCAAAUACAACUUAGGUGGAGGGGGAAGUUUAUGAAUAUAAUAUAGCUCUGUGUUUGAAACCUCAGAAACGUAUUUGAGUGUUUCAGUGUGGGAGAAACAGUGAUGGCCGUAUUCACGCUCUGCUGGUCUGUGCCUGCAACUCCACAUGUUUGUGGUUCAGUAUUUCCCUCCUACACUUCUGUUUGGUGACAUUGUUUGUUUUAACAAAUACGACCGAUUCUAGUUUUUCUUUAAAAGGAUAGUUUAUGAGUAAUCUUUAAAACCAUUUCCAUACCAUCUGUAUAUAACCAUUUAGAAGAGAACACACGACAUCGAACUCUGCUUUAGAGCUGUGUGUUGAGCGAAAAAUAUUGUUUUUUAAAAAUCGACUAGCAAAAUCUAUGGCCACACUGAGAAGCCUUUGAAAAUGGCAAAUACUUUUCAUCACCAGUUGCCCAAGUUUCAUCUUUCUUCUGCUUCCUCAGCCUUGUAGCAAAGGCUACACGGCAGCCCACAGUCCACAGUCUCUUUGGGAAAAUUUGCCUGCUGCCUUCCUUAAGCUCAGUUUAUUUUUGACUUACUUUCUUUGCUGUAGUUAUGAACCUUGGGGCUUUAAAAUCCCAUGGCAAGGAGCAUAAGAGUUGUUCUCAUAGCUCUGCAUUGUGUGGAAUGUCCAUCUUAGUUUUGUGAAAAUGAAAAAGAAAGAAACAGCCCUCACUCUUUUGUGGUCCCUCAAAAUCGCUUGAUAUGCCUGUUAAUACAGCUGACCUGUUUGUUUUCUUCUCUUUUUGUCUCAAGAUUGUAUAUGAAGGGACCUUUUCUUCUCAGCUAACAGGUGUAUAAGGAAAACCAUCUAGAGAGUUUUCUUUAGAAGUGACUCCCGUUAGCCUGGUGUGGUGGUGUGUGCCUAUAGUCCCAGCCACUAGGGAAGCUGAGGCAGAAGGAUCCCUUGAGCCUAGGAGGUUGAGGCUGAGUGAGCUAUGAUCGCAUCAGGCCACUCCAGCCUGAGCAACAGAGUGAGACCCUGUCUCUAAGUAAAGAAAAAGCCAGAAGUGACUCCCACUGCUUCUGUUGAUCAGCCAUAGGGCUUCCAUGGGUAGAAACUUGCAAGGGAGUUUGUAUUAGGCCUGGUCAUGGAGAGAUGAUGUACCAUCAAGGUAGACCCGUCUUCCUGAUGCACAUUUGCUGUGUGAGCCAGAGUACAGUCAUAGCCCGGUAUUCGCAUUUCGUUUGCGUUGUCUUACCGAGACAACAAUCUAUGCUGUUUUGGCAAGUUUGCAUUUUAGUGUUAAUUUACAAUGAGGAAUUGUCCAAACUUCAGAUCUGUUUACAGGUUGUAAAAAUCAACUUUGGUAUCAGUGUAUGUUCAAAAGUAUCAUUUGGUAAUCCAAAUAUUUGAGUUUUCCCAAAGCCAAAAACUGUCAAAAAUAAGUCUAUUAUCAAUAUAAUUUGAAGAGGUUUUUAGUAGUACUGUUAAGUUCAUCCUUUCUUGGAUGAGAAGAAUAAAUGACAUGGAUACACUCCUGAGAAGACACUUGUUAAACGUUGCAUUGGAGAGUUGCCUUUGAUAAAUGUGGCAUGAAACACUUGAAUGAAGAGCACGGUGGCAGAAUGAGUGAGCAAGCGGAUUGCCCCGGAGGAGCCCGUAGUAAUCACGUGAGAGAUCGUCAGAUUCCUGCGUAUUCAGCAUCUUCUCUAUUCAUGUGGAGUGAAAGCUGGCUUUUAUAUGGGAGAUACAUAAAGUAGGCCCCGCAAAGAAUAUUUUUAAAAUACAAAGGAUCAUCAUAAUCCUCUUAUCGAACAUAUAAGGAUCCUCAGAUUUAAAUAAGUACUUUUUUUUUUAAUCAGAAGAACAUUGUUGGUUGAUUAUAUAUUUUUUAAAACCUGAAACUUUUUUGGUGGCAGGACCUUUCAAUAAAUAUUUGUUUGGUCAAAAAUUUUUAUUUUGAUUUUAUUAAAUGGGAAGAAAGCAAGCAGAAAUAGUAAAAUUCAGUAGGUUUUAAACUCUAUAAAUGUAUUUUAUUUCCAAGAAAACUUAGGGUCUCAAAGCAAGAUUUUAAAGUGAUUUUUGAGAAGACUUGGGGGGACAAUAAUAGACAUUCAUGUCAAAUCCCAUAUGGGGGAUUUUAAAACAUUUCUUUGAACUUUGAGGCCUGACUUCGAGAUGCGAUUUUAUUGCUUUUUGUUUUAAAGGAUGAAAUUUCGUGGCAUUUUAUUCUUUGAUUCAGUCAGUAUUUGGUUUAUGUUAAAUAAAAAAUCAGUAUAAUGGAAAAGAUUUGACCAUAAUUUAGUCUCCUCAAGUGAAAAACAGGAGUAACGUUUAGUUGCACUUUGAAAAAUCUGCUUAAAGGCAUAACUCUUGUAGUUGUCUGGUUUCAGGAAUAGCUGUUUGAAUUGUCAGUCUAAAGUAGGUCAUCAGGUUCACUUAUUAUCAGACCUUAAUCUGGGAUAAAGGUUUUGGUAUUUGCCCACUUCUAGAUAGAAUGAAUGAAAAUGACACAAGGGUUUUAUGAGCACUCUUUAUCAGAAGGGUAUUUCCUGGACCGAAAAUGGGCAAUAGUUACAAUAGUUGAUCCUCUGUUCUGGAGGCUUUGACAUUUAUCAGAGAAUGAAGUCAUUCAGUACAUUUGAUAAAGUGUUGUUGUUGUUGUUGUUGUUUUAAUUGAGCAACCCUCAGAACUGAAGAGGUUCAGAGAACUUUCCAGGUUUAUACUAUACCUCAAGACUACAUAGAUUAGCUACUGCUUAUUCUUUCACAUGGGCUAGGCCUGUUCUCCUCCAGACCUAGUAUUCUAAGUUAUUACCACAGAGAAUUUUUAUGUUACCCAUCAUCUUAAAGAACAUUAUAAGACUCAUUUCUCCAUUACAUUUAUUCUUAGAUGAUAAAAUAUAUACUGAUACUCUAACUUUCUUACAGUAUCAGUUUUCUUUAUUUUCUUGAAUAAAAUUGCUUCUACCUUUGCUUGGUCUUUAUAAUCCACUGUCCACAGCAUCUUCCUUUAAACCAGUAGUCCCAGAAGAGACCCUCUGAAAUUCUAGGACUGGGUGUUAGAAUGUCUGAACUUGUUAUCUAAAUCCUUUUUAAGAAACUUAAUGUCCUAGCUCUUCAACUACACUGUGGAACAGUAGUUUGUGCCCAAUUUAGUGGAAGAUAAUGAGGCUCACUGUAAACACUACAUUGUCCUGCAGAGUAAUUCUGAUGAGAAUUUACUGACUUCUAGAGCCAUUCUCUUUAACCGUCUGCAGGUCUAAGGAUUAACUAUAUUUGUGAUUUGUAAUAAAACUGAGUUGUACAGCACUGCCUGUGUAUGUCUGGCCAACACAUUUACAAUGCACGUUAUCUUUGGAGAGGUGAAUUAUUCUACAUAAUACACCCUAAAUCUCAUUGUUUAAAACCUUAUUGGUCUAAUACCAUCUACACAAAAACAUGUUGUACUUGCAGAACUUAGUUUAUAAAAACAAAGAAUGUGUAUUUCUUCAAUAGCCGGGUAUUUGGAUUGUUCUCUUGAUAUAUUUGAAUGUGACUCUCGGAUUUAAGUGCACUAUUAUUCAUGGCUUACACAGUAAAAUUGCACUGUAUGGCAAAUGUGUCUAUAAUGUAUGCCUUGCUAAAACCUCAAGAGUGCUGUAAGGUAUAGGUUUCUAUAUUGUGAACCUGUCUACACACACACACAUAUACAUAUAGUCUUAGGGAAAAAAAAAAAGCUGAACUUUUGUAAGUCUAUGUAACAUUUUAAUAUUGUUUGUAAUAUUCACUAAGCGAUAAUUUCAUCUAUAUCCUAUAACUGUAAUCAUUCACCUUGGGUUGGCCAGUUUGUCAAGCUUGGUUUACUGAAUCAAGAAACAGUCUUGUCAAAUGCGGUACUGUUCUUAGUGUGUGAUAUUUGUGUAUGGUGUUCCUCUGCCUCAGAGGACAAUUGCGCAGAUGGCUAAUGUUAAAUUUCUAUAGACAAUAGUAAUAAAAUUUGAAUAUAUUUAAGUGCUAAUAAAUUAAA